CCGCCGAACCACUGUCCGACAAGCCGACUAUACCACAAAAUCUAAACAGAAAAAAAACACAGAUUACAACUUGGAUCAACAAGAGCGGUCAAACACAUAUUAUUAAAUUAUUAAGGAAAGUGAAACCUAUUUUUAAAGGAAAACUCUUGAUGAGACUUUCCAUUUGAAGCAAUUUACAUGUCAUGUCAUAUAGAAUAAAUCUUGUAGCAAUCCCUUCUUGCUCUUCAUUUUCUCGUUCUUCCACACAAAGAAUUAGCACAAAUGGAGAAGCAAAUAAGCAUCCUCUUCUUGUUUCUUCUCUUCAUCAACUUCAUUCCAAUCUCCACAGGCCAUGAACAAAUGCACGAAACGUCUCACCACCAUGGAUCUUUCAAACUACUUGUUUUUGGAGACUCAUAUGUUGAUACAGGAAAUCUAGAUAAAUCUAGCUUCUCAUGGAUGAAACCUUAUGGGACCACUUUUCCCGGUAAACCAGCUGGUCGAUUCUCCGAUGGCCGUGUUCUCACCGAUUACAUAGCUUCAUUCAUGGGAAUAAAAUCCCCAUUGCCAUACGUUUUGAGAAAAAACAAAACGAAAUCAGAUCUAAAACAGGGGAUGAACUUUGCAUAUGGAGGGAGUGGAGUCUUCAACACAGUGUACAAUGCCACAAACAUGACUAUCCAAAUUGAUUUCUUUCAAAAACUACUUGAAAACCAUUUGUACACCAAACCUGAACUCCGAUCAUCUGUUGCCCUAGUAUCAGUUACCGGCAACGACUAUACUACCUUCAAAGCUGGAAAUGGCAACAAAACUAUUGAGGGGACUAAAGCCUUCACUAGGUCAGUGAUUAACCAGAUGACAGAGAAUAUGAAGAGAAUUGGUGAGUUGGGUUUGAGGAAAAUCAUGGUUACAGGGAUGCAGCCUUAUGGGUGUCUACCUAUAGAAACAUCUGCAAUGUCUGGCUUCAAGAGUUGCAAUGAAACUGAAAAUGAAUGGGCCAAGUUCCACAACAAGUUGUUGAGGAAAGCAGUGGAUAGGAUGAACAGUGAGGGAGGGGGAUUUGUGAUUGGGAUUUUGGAUCUCUACCAAGCAUUCAUGUCAGCAUUCAAGGGAGACUCUCAUUCAGGGGAGUCGGAGAAUCCAUUGAAGCCAUGUUGUGUUGGUGUGAAUGGCAAUAGCAAAUACAGAUGCGGUAGCGUGGACGAGAAAGGAGAAGAGAAGUAUGCUAUCUGCAAUCAUCCCCAUUCAUCCAUCUUUUGGGAUUUGGUACACCCUUCUCAAAAUGGUUGGCAUUCAGUUUAUUUGGCUCUACGACCAGAACUACACAAGCUCAAGCUCAAACUCUAAAACUACUUCUUCAUUCCCUUAUACAAACUCGUGAAAUAAAAUGGUGCCUUAAUUUCCAUCAUCACCAUCUCCAACUCAACUUUGUGAGUGAGCUUUCUUUUAUGUCAAUUUUUUCACCAAAAAGGACAUUUAUAUAUGUUUAAGGACGAAACAUGAAUUCCAACUAUUUACAAACUUAUAUAUUAAUUUGUAUAUUUUUUAAAAGUCAAUAUACAUUUUCAAAUA